AUGCGCGCCCCCGGGCGGCCCCUGCUCCUGGGGCUGCUGCUGGUGCUGGGCGCAGCAGGGCCCGGCCGGGGGCGCUUGCAGCCCCAGGGACCCACGGACCGGCAGACGUUGCUGCGGCUCCUGGUGGAGCUGGUCCAGGAGCUGAAGAAAUACCACUCCGGGGAGUCCAAGAGGCUGCAGGUCCUCAGCGAACCGGACUUUGCCCUGGGCCGCAGGGAGGCCUCAGACUAUGGGACAGACUCAGAGGAGCAGAGAGUGGAAAUUGUCCCUCGAGACCUGAGGAUGAAGGACAAGUUUCUGAAGCAUCUCACAGGUCCUCUCUAUUUCAGUCCUAAGUGCAGUAAGCACUUCCACAGACUUUACCACAACACCCGAGACUGCACCAUCCCGGCAUACUAUAAAAGAUGUGCCAGGCUUCUCACUCGGCUGGCCGUCAGCCCAAUGUGCAUGGAAGGAUAAGCUGGAAGGAGCCACACAGCAGGACCCUGAGCAGUGCCUUGGAGACCAGCCAGACAGCUCUCCACACCCACUCCAUGUGGACAGAGGUUUAUUUUUACAGACUCUUCCAAAAUUCCUUUGCAUUUUGUAAGCUGUUGACACUGUUUGCAGAUAUGUAAAUCAGUGUACCUGAAGGAGAUCCUUGCCACUAUAUCUUAAAAAAUAAGAGAACACUUCACAUUUGAUGUGCAGUGUUAUGAGAGACUAUUUCAUUUUC